UUGUUGAACAGCUGUACCCGCUGAUGUCCCUACCUGUCCUUCACGUGCGCAACGAAGUGCCGCUUGGUCCGACUGGAACCUGCAGACAGGGACAAUGACGGGACAUCACUGGGGAUACGGGAAGGAGGACGGUCCCUCUUCAUGGUAUAAAAACUACCCCGUUGCGGAGGGGAACCGGCAAUCACCAAUUGAUAUCGUCCCCAAUGAGGCGUCACGUGACCGCGAUCUGGGCCCUAUAAUGAUAAACUAUGACCACUGCACCUCCAUUAACAUCUCCAACAAUGGACACUCCGUAGUUGUGGAGUUCAAUGACUCAGAUGAUCGUUCAGUGAUCAAGGGAGGCCCACUCGAUAACCCUUACAGACUGAAACAAUUUCAUUUCCACUGGGGUGGAAAAGGACAUGAAGGCUCUGAGCACACUGUUUCAGGAAAUGGCUUUGCAUCUGAGCUUCAUUUAGUUCAUUGGAAUGCUGUCAAGUACAAAACAUAUGGAGAGGCAUCAACUGCGCCCGAUGGUCUUGCCGUUCUUGGCAUCUUUUUAGAAACAGGUGAUGACCACAGAUGGCUCCACAUGAUAACGGAUGUUCUGUACAUGGUGAAGUAUAAAGGCAGUGUCACAGAUUUCAAAGGUUUCAACCCCAAGUGCCUGCUUCCCAGCAGUCUUCACUACUGGACCUACCUCGGCUCUCUAACCACACCUCCGCUACACGAGAGCGUUAUCUGGAUCGUCCUGAAGGAGCCAAUCGAAGUGUCUGAAAAGCAGCUGGGGAUGUUCAGAAUGCUUCUGUUCACCGAAGAGGAAGACAAUCAGAAGAUGCGGAUGGAAAACAACUUCAGGUCUCCCCAGCCUCUCAAAGGGAGGAGAGUGCGUUCCUCCAAUUAAUAUGACCUCCGGAGGUCUGAAGUCAUAAAUAACCAAUGCUGUUUUUAGACAACAGUAACUGCAAUAACGCGAGAAUGCUUUCACCUCAUGAUAGCUUAUCCUGAAGGGUUUGUGAUUGUACGUAAAAGUAAAAAGUUGCAAUAAUUGUCAUCCCUGGUGGUGUACUCCCCACCCGUGUGAAACUUUAAUGGCAGUAGAGGGAAUUAUUUUAGGGGCCAAAAAAAUGCUUUUGUUAAGUUUACUAGGAAGUUGAAUAAAACCAGCAUUUACAGUCGUUAUUAUCACUAUCACAAACUGUAAGUUUAAUAGGUUGUACCAAUACUUGAACCAACGAUUAAGGAAAACAAGAGGACACAACAAGCACAAAGCCUUUUCACUCCUUUUAUCAUAUAUACCUGCUAAUCCCAUAUCGUUGUAGUCUGUAGCUGUUUCCAGACUGAUGCCAUAUCCCUUUGCUGUCUGCAGAUCUACAGCCCCCUUACUGAUUGCCAUUGAUUCCUUGUUAAUCCAGCCUAUUGCAGGUGGAUUCCCAGUCUUUGUGGCUAUAGAUCCCUACCAGUAGGGAUGCUUUUAUCUCAACUGCUCCGUGGACCAUAAUUGAGUGCACGAAAGUCAGGCUGUUUACAGUCCACAGAUGCAAUUAAUCCCAAAACAUGGUAACUGUUAAGGUCUUAUUAAACUUCAGGAGUCCAAACAAGGCCCUAUUUAAAAUCUUUGAAGCGUUCUGUGAUGAUCAGAUCAUUAUUAAUUCUGUCGGCAGCAUCACACGAUGGUUAUUAUUGUGCAGGAUGUAUUAGUAUUAUUAUUAUUACACCUGUGAAUCAGCAACAGGGGAAAAAAAGGAAAAGCAUGCAUGGUCCCCUAUAUUUGUGAGAAUUCUCAACUAAAAUCUGUGUUCGUGUUCACCAUUUGAGUUGCUGUAACAGUUGCAUAACUGUAACCUUUUACCUGUUAUCCAGAAUUAGGUGGAGUAAUUCAAGCAAAUGUUUAAACUCUAUCAUUGAUUAGAAGAGGCAAGAGUUCAAGGUAAUUAGUAGCUAGGUUGUAGAGCAGUGGGAAAUCUGGGCUGUGAUUGGUUAAAUAUUUACCACCUGUGUUGAAGAUGUCUAAAAAUACACUGCUUUGAACAACUGAAAAUACAAAAUGUUAAAUACUAUAAUGUUAAGAAUCAAUGUAUUUGCAAAUAUUUUGUAAGGAGAAGGACUUAAUGUCAGAAAACUGUAAUAUAUGUUUCUGUAUGUAUUACUACCAGACUGAAAAUAUAGUACAGCAAUACAUAAACGUGAUAACCACCAUACUUGGAGAAGUCCAGUAACAUUGCUUUUAAUUUUAGAAUACAGAGCCGAAUUGUUUUGCUGUCAUAUAUUUAUCGAUGUAUAUCUAUGGUCCCUAGAAUUUAGCUACAAUAUUUGUCCAGCAGAUGGCAGGUUUGGCUGUUUUAUUAAAGUUCUAGACCGAAUUCUUAUUUUUCUGCUAUUCAUCAAAAAUAUUUUCAUAAAAUGAAAUUUAUAUUUACAUGUCUAUUUAAACAUUUAAAUGGUUAUUUUAAAUAUGUAGCUAUUCAAAUACUGUUUGAUUUAAUUUAAUGUAUCAUUAAAUAAAUGCUUAUUUUAUUUCUCCUGCACCUGGUUUCUACAUUCUUAAAUUGUUAUUUUCUUUCUCAGAUUUAUUUUAUUCUCAUUCAGAUUUUAAUUACCUUUUUAUUUGUGUUUAUCCCCCUGCAGGUGGCAGUGUCUGCUCUCAUUUGUAUCAAACCCAGUAGCUACUGAUUUGUUUCACACUGAACGUGAUGAAAAAAAUUCACAGAAAAUAAAUAAUUUACAACAGUGCAUAGAAACCAAUAGUUAAGUAAAUUAAGUGAUGUAUUACUGGCAGGAGAAAUACAACAUUGUCAAUAAUACAUCAAUGGCAUAUUUUAUCUUACAUUGGAGAAAAUAACUUCGAUAACACUUGACCUUGCCAUUGCUGUCCUUUUAGUGACUGUGUAGGUGUUCAAGAGGUUGCAUUACCUCACCUGGUUUCAUUUCCACCUGAUGUCUAUGGAAAAAUUCUGCCUCCUGGCUAAUGAAUAAAAAAUGAGAGUAGGCGUAUGAAGUAUAUCUGACACAUAUUCUCAAGUAAUCCCUCAAAAAUAGCAUCAGUGAGCUUUAUUGGGACUGAGAAUACCUGAGCGGGCACAUCAUCUUUAGCCACGAUCGAUGUGCCAUGUAAUAAGAUACUACAGUCAGACCUCAGAAAUAGAGGCGAUCACAUGUAUUUUUAGCACCAGGAUAUCUACUUGCUUGUCAUAGUGAUUAUUUUGCCAGACACAGCAACAUCUGAGCAACACUGUGAAAUACAAACCCGCGGGACAAAAAGUUGUUGUUCAGGCAAAAGAAGAAACUUCAGUUCUCUGGAGAGUGUCGUGACAGUCCAUGUAUUUGUGGAGUACAGAGAAAUGUGCGAAUUACUGCGUGCUGGGGCCAAUCAUCAAUAUUGUACAUCAUUAUUGUGUUAUCAGUGCCAAAAGUAUGUUGACACAUACUUUGUUAAAAAGUGGUACUAGUAAUAAAAUGUACAUACAAAAACUAAAGGUAUAUGUGGUAAAAGUGGCCUUGUCGGUGUGCGUGCUUGUACUUUCUAUAUUGAUCGUCUUUUUUUCCCUCAGAUUUAUUUAGCUUUCUUAAAAUUUGAAGUACUUUAAGCCAACUUUGUCAUUUUAUUACACAACAUUUUAUUUAAAUUCCAGGUUAUUUCUGCUUUUAUUGUUUUACUAUGGUUUUAACUUCCUGAGCUUUUUUUAAAUAUUAUUUUUUACCUUAUUGAGAUCUUUAUAUUGUCAUUUUAUUUUAUACAGCUGCUCCAUUUAAGCUAUUCUGAUAUACCUUUUGUCUAUUCCACCUCAAGCAUGCAGAUCUUGUCUUAUUUUCAGAAAAAUAAACAGGUUUUUUAUAGAAGGUUAUGGACAAACAAACAAAUAAUAAUGACAAAAAAACCAAUUGGCAGAAACAAGCCUCCAUAGAUUUCUAUGCAUGUUCUCCAGCUUCUUUUCAAAGUGUUGGGUUAGGUCCAUCUUAGGUUAAUGGAUGUGAGGCAGAUAAAGUGUACUGAAUAAAGUGCUUCAUGAACGUAUGGUUAAAUGUGGUAUAUGUGCUAUAUACAUGGAAGUACAUUAUGUAUCCGGUUUAGUGUUUUG